AUGUGUAGCCUCGUGUCGGCCGUCUCCGCAGCAGUUGCGUCCUCGCCAAAGGAGCUCCACGCGUGGACAUUAGCACUGCUAAGUGAGCUGCAGGAUGCUGCCAACUCCGGAGCGGCGCCACCGUCUCUUGCAACGCCGGUGGAGGUGGCAGCUGAGGCGUCUCGCUGGAGGAGCUACAUGCAUCCUUUCGCAAGACUCCUAUGCAGCACACUUCACAUCAGUGCUCCGAUAGAUAAUUCAAUGCUAUUGCCGUCGGCUUCGUUCACCGACGGCAAAUGGGAAGAGGCGCUUCUCGAUUAUGUUCGCCAGCUUGCUUCGUGGCCGGACGCCGAGGCGGCAGAGACAGUCACGCAGUUGAUGAAGUCUCUGGUGCAGAACUGCGCGCGGAGGAAGAGCUCCUUUCCUGCUGUGUUGCUUCCUAAAAUGGAAGUGGUGGUGCGGCGCGUGGUUGAGGCGUCGUCACCAGCGCUGCUGUCUGCGGUGGUGCAGGCAUGUCAAGUGCGCACACGUCGCAUGGGUAGUAUGCUGUGCGACGUCGGGGCGGAGCUCACGAGUGCAGGUCCUUCCCUCUACUCAUCAGAAGCGGAGGAGGACUUGCAUGGCUGCUGUCGGUGGCAUCCUUUCAUGAGCGAUAAGGCGAUCAAGGUGUGCCUAGAGCGGAUGGUGCAGGUACUUACCACCUUCCCGAGUGAGAGACGCAAGGGUAAGGCAGGCGGUGUGUCUAUUAUUACUCCUGUGACACGCCUUCAGAUUCAGCAGUGCUGUCUGUGUCAAAUUCCGCGCCACAUGGACGACCAUACUCGGCACGAAUGCGCCAUGCUCGCCAUGAAAGCCCUUAAGCAAGCACCCUUUACGGUGCUGCUGGCUGCUUACCAAUACUUCCGCGAUGAGCGACUUGUCUCGGUGAUGGUGGCUGAGCGCUUCCUUGCGCACUGUGGCGUAUGCGUUACCCACGUCACCCAGCGAGGUGUCUCGCUGCCGACGUACCUCUCACCAGAGGCAACCAAGGCAGCGGCCGAGGCCCUUCUGCACGCGCGUAGCAAAGUGCUGAACACCGGCCGUGACUCGCAGCAGUCGGAGGCAACGAUAUCGUACGCCAUUGCCACGCUGAACGCACUCGGAUUCCCGGAUGUUGUGCGCUCUUUCUACAGCCCGGCCAUGUCGACGAUCAUGGCUACGCCAGCCUUUACACUCUGCGAGACGCCGCACUCCGUCAUGUCGCAGGUGUUGCUGCGUAACGUAUCUGGGGCCGUGGUCGCGCUGGAGGUCCUCGGUACCUCCCGUCCAGAAGGGUGGCUAUCGGUGCCACCUGCCGUCACGGAGUCCAUGGUAGCUGUGAGUCGGUUGGUGGGGCAGGAGGGCAGCGCUGCUGACAUGGACGGAUUAUACAAAGCCCUUGUCGGGUUUCACAAUGCGGGCUUAUUUAUCAGCUACUACGUGGAGUGCGUGCUGGCUGGCUUGUGCGAUCGCAUACGCGAUAUCGAGAGACGGCAGCCGCAUGCAUGGAAAGACGUGAGCAAGGUGUCUCGUGCGCCUCCUCACGAGAUACUGGAGGGCGUCAUCCCGGUCUUCCGCGCGACCUUGCGCUAUGUCGGUGACGAGCUCAACACGGAUGUAAUUCUCGAGCUUCUCGAAACAGCGCUCCAGCUGAGUGUGUAUGCCGUGCCACUGACAGCUGCUCUCGUCUCUGCACUCCGCGCGAGUAUGGGGAUGAGUCUUUCUCUGCAGGAGCUGCUCUGCCGGGUGGACCCCUCAACGCAUAACGCACCGUUUCUCUACUACUACAUUCUGUGCUAUGCCAGAGACUUCGGCUCACCUUCCACGUUUGAUCAUCUCGCCGCCCUCUGGCACGUUGAUGGCGACGCCAUUUGGAAUCGCGCGGCCCACCUUUCUCCCCCGUGUCGGCUGUGGAAGUGUGCCACUUGUGGCCGAUUGAACAGCGAUCGCUACAACUACUGCGUGUGCUCAGCGUUACGGUACAGCCAUGUGUUGUGCGGCGCCUGCGGCUACGCGCAGGACGAACGACUGCGCCAGUGUUGUAGCUGUGGUCAGACGCUGCUGAACAAGGCGUCGUUGGCCGGGGCGGUAGUCCGCAAAACAUGGGUGUGUCGAGACUGCGGGGCCCGCAAUCCAGCAAGGCAGACGCUGCUGUGCUUCCGGUGUGGACAACCUACAGGACCGUGCAUCCAGCAGCACUCCGUCAUAGCAGCAGCCGAAUCUCAGGGCUCGACGGCGUCCGCAUCAGCGUCGCCCGGGUGCUGCUUCUGUGGUGAUUGCAACAACGACGAGGUAUGCGAUGCUGCGUCGUCUGCAACGCAGAGGACGGCCACGUACGCGGAGGCCGUCGGUGUCUGUCACGAGUGUGGCCGCUUCAAAAUGGACCAUGCCGCGCGGAGCAGCUUCGUGUGGGUUUGCCCGGGUUGCCAUCAGCGGCGUAGCUCGCUGGAGCGCUUUUGCCCCUCAUGCCCGCAGGUAGAAUGUCUCCCGCGGGCUAUAUGCCGAGAACCAGUGUACGCGCCACGCGUGUGCCGUCACUGCGGUCACGAGGAAGCAAACCCGUUCACGGUAGUUUGCCGGGGUUGCAGCAGCGCCGCAGAUCCUUUCGUUCACCGCAGCAACCUCGCAGAAGCCACGUUGUUGCCGGUGCAAGAGGCCGCUACUGACGGUCAUUCGGGCCCCAUGUCCGCCCAGGGGGUGCCGAACCAGCGGCAGCCCCAAGUCUACCACUGGUGUUUUCACUGUCACCACAUGCAGCCAUGGGACGACACCGUACCGCUCCACCAGCAGCACUGCAGGGAGUGCGCGGCCGACUGUGAAGAGAAAGGCCGGUGCUCGUUGCCUUUGCGCGUCUGUGGCGGCUGUGGCGCGACCUUGCCGACUCGCUAUGCGGGUAGCGCCGUCUGUCCAUACUGUGCCACUUACUUGCAGCUGGCGCCGCAGCCGCAAAGGUGCGACGAUGGUAGUGCACCACGGUACUGGACUGCUGUAACGCUCCUUCACACAUGCGAAGUGCUUGACGAAUGCUGCGCCAGAGAAUCGCUGCUCACGGAAGGUUUGACUCAAGCAACGCCGACAGCACUUGUAUCGACUAGAUCAAAGACUUCGGCACCCGAUGGCAGCCCCGCUCCCGGCUCCGCAGCGACCGCAGUCGACGCCAGUGCUCGUGCAUGUUUUCAGAGGCGCCCGGCUAUUGAGAAGGCGCUGUCCUGCUUGCGGCGCGAGUGGUGCAACAUUGACAGUGCUACUUGGCUGUCCAUACGGAUAGACGUCGUCACCCUGCUAGGGCAAAUCGUCAGCAGGCUGUGUCCAUGCCUAUCCACAUCCCUCACGGCGCGCCGCCUCUCUGCCCUCCUGAAGAGCAUCCUCACGCACGUCGACGGUGUGUGCGGGGUUGCGGUGGCAGGUUCUGGAGACACCUCCAGCUGCAGCGUGCAGGGCUACUUCACUCCUGCCGAGGUAUGCCAUGAGUGUCUCGGUACCCAUUCACCUGAUCUGUGCCCUUUUCUGGAAGGCGGUGGCUUGUGGACUUGUGAGGAGUGUGGAUCCUCGCACAACAACAUUGACCUGUGCCGCUAUGUGUGUAGCAACUGUCUUGCCUUGCGACCGGUGGUACAGGACCUGCUCAUCUCAGCCUGCUGGGAGUGUCCCACGUGCUAUCGGGCUAAUCUCCAGUUCGAGCGCUACUGUAUGCACUGCGGUGCUCAGCGAGCGGCGUGGUGUGCAGCGAUGCUUCCUCGCUGGGAUUCAGCUGGCGACGUAGCUGUUUAUGGCGGUGUCCAGUCGCCCGCUGCCGCCGGCACUGGGGAGCCCGGCGACCAGGGUGAGACAACACACCAAGCCAACCGACUGGCAGCAAGGAAGCGGGGUAGAAACGUACAGGGGCAUCGUACAGGGUUGCUGAAUUUGGAAAGCACUGCGCAAGCCCUAUCGCAGAGCUUCUCCUCUGCGCUGUCCUAUGAUGAAUCAAAUGCUGCCCCGCUGGACUCCCUCGCCGCCAGCCCUGCUAGUGCUACUUCACCAGUCUGUGGCGACGAGAUUCCCUUCAACCCCGCAAAGUGUCCUCUGUGCGGGCUCGUCUACAUCGAAGCACGAUGCCCGCUCUGCCUCAAUCACAUUCCUGCCGUCGCCAACGCUAAGGGAACGGUGUGCGAGGUACAGGACCGCUACGCCUUCAUUCAACCAAGCGGCACCACCCGUCCGCAGGAUCGCAUCUUUGUGGAUGAGGCCCUGCUAAAGGCAAAUACACUGAGAGAGGGGCUACUUGUGCACUACACGGCAGAGCUUGACCAGCGAGGUAGGAUGGAGGCGAGGUUCCUGCGGUGCUGA